UCAGCUAUGAGGGUGCUGCUACUCCUGCUGUGCAUCUCUUCUACUUUGUCUAAGUCAGUCAAUGAACCUACUGAAGACUCUCGAACUACAUCAUGCAAGUCGUAUGUGUACAAUGUGACUACACAUUCAGUGAUUGGUAUACCAGGAGUUGAGACUGGAAUUGGUGACCUUACAAUUGAAAUGAGAGUGAAGUUGUCUUUGUCUAAUGACAAGCCAUUAGCUCGUCUGAAGAUUCUUGAUUGCCGGAUGUUGGUUGUUAAUCAACCAAGCAGUUCGGUUCUUUGCGAUGAGUUGGUCAAGCGUGAUUUGUUGUUUGAGUAUGACAGUGGUCGUGCGGGCAAGAUUUUUGCCAAGAGUGACGAACGUGAAGAGAUACUAAAUGUGAAACGAGGAAUCAUUAGCAUGUUUCAAGUGUCACAGAUGCCAGAAGGCAUUCAUAACCACUUGGAGACCGGCAUUCUUGGCAGAUGUCCCGUGACUCUGGUUAGCUCUAAAACUGAGGAGGGUGAUAUCAUCACGAAAGAAACUGACACGCGUUUGUGUUAUCCACGUUCAAUCUCUCUUCAUAACCAACUUCGACGUAAUCUGGAGCAGGAAGCACUUUUUGACUAUAGUUGGCUGAUGGCCAGUUACAAAUUCAAUACCAAAGGAGUUAUGAUCAAAUGUGAAAUUGCUCAAGAACAAGCAUUUUCAGGUUUGGGUAAACAGGCAGGAUCAUCUCAUGGCGUUAUGCGGCAAGAAACAUUUCUGACAGAGGAGAUGGCUGAGGAAUGUUUGUCAAGAGCGUAUGAUGUGAGUUCUUAUAAAGAGACUUCCAUUACGUUCAGCAGCAUUAGUAGUGAUGCCAUUUCUCCAAGUGACAGUUGUAUAUCUGAAGUUGAGACCCAUUUUAUUGAUCUAUCUAAUGCUGAAGCAAAGGCUAUCCCAGAGCUGUUUACUUGGCUAAUUGAUUCGUUGGAAAAAUGCUCAUACUCAGAUCUUGUUAAAUUGUGGGAGUCGCAUGUUGACUGUCUUGAUAUGUCUGAUGUUGAUCAUAAGAGAAAUCUACUACAAGAUGCUGUUUUGGAAUCCAACAAGUCAUCCAAGAAUCAUAUGUUUUUAUUGGAUGCUUUGCCGAAUGUUCAUACUGAUGCAGCAUUGCGUCUGAUUGCAGCUCAAGUAACAUCUAACUGUCUUAGUGAUGCAAGAUAUGUGUUGAUGACUAACCAAUUGAUCGAAUGGUCAUCAAGUGGGACAGAUGCAUGUCUAAUACUCACGUAUAUUCUGGACAUGGCAAAGACUAUUACAGACUCAACUUGGACUAAUCGCAUAAUGAGUACAUAUGCCACUCUGGGUGCUGUUGUUGACAUUGCCCUAAAGUUUCCUGAUAAGAAAUGCUUGUCUCUUAUUAAAACGUCAUCUGAAUUUCUCACCACAAAACUUGAUGAAUAUGUUGAUGCCAUUCCUAAUGACUACAACAAGCAAUCUGAUGAUGCUUCGAACAAGGAAAAUUGGGAGAAUGCAAUCAGUACUAUAAUAGCAUUGGGCAAUGCAGGAGUUCCCAGCACCAUACCAUCUUUACAGAAAGCUAUUAAAGAGAAGAAGCUGCAGUCCGAUGGUCGUGUUUCUGCUGUUUAUGCUCUCAGGGGAGCAGGUUUCAGGACACCAGAUAUGGUUAGAAGUAUUCUUAUAGACAUUGUUACUAAAGAACAAGACGUUGAACUUCGUAUGGUCGCGUUUUCUGUCUUUAUGGAACUUCUCGAAGCACGAGGUGCUCCACCAGUCAACAUGUGGAAGAAACUUAUGCCUGUUUUGAUGAAACAAGAAGACCUUAACUUAAAGAGUUUUAUCUGCACUUACCUGUUAAGUGUGGACAAUACAAAAUCUCCAGCUUGGACAAAUGGUCGAUAUGCAGCCAACUGGCUGCUGCGUAAAGUUGGAGUCCUUUUUCCAUGUAUGGCUGUUGUUAUGAGCAAGGGAAGCUUCUUGUCUAUACAUAGUAAUGGCUACUUUUCAGCUGCUGAUUUGUUGAGAUCAAAUAUACCAAAUGAUGCAUUUGGUUUUGAUUAUUCUUUUCACAUGAUGCGAAGUGGACCUAGUUGGCUGCCACGUUCCCUCAUGAGCAAAUCUGCUAUGAACUUGUUUGGUUACAACUUUGACUUGUUUAAGAUCUAUUCUCGUGCUACUGGUAUGGAUCGACUGUUACGUCAUCUGUUCGGUCCUACAGGCUAUGCUCAAAUGGAUACACGUUUUAUGGGUCCUAGUGGUUUGCAACAAAGUGGAGAAUUUAGGAUGGAUGUGACCGAGGAAGACAUGAGUACGUUUACCAGUCUAGAUUGGAUGGGGUACACAAGAGUCUGGGGCCAUCGAGAGCAGAACUGGUACAUGAGGACUUUGUAUAGUUCACGCCUUACGUCUCUACGUGAUUACAUAGCUAACACAGACUUUAGAAAUAUGGGUUAUGAAGACGUCAAAAAAAUUCUUCCAGAGAUGGUCAAAUAUAUUAGAUCAAUACUUGCUGGCAGAUUUGACUUAGAUCCACAGACCAUCGAUUUUAUGAAAACAAUUCAAGUUCUCAACAAAGAAUUUGUUUUCCCCACAUUUACUGGUUUGCCUAUCAAAGUGCAAUCGAGAUCAUUUGCACACUUGGGGUUGAAGGCAGAAGUAAAUGUCAGUGUCAUCACAAAAUCCUUGGUAAAGAGGAUGGUUGACAUGAUCUAUAGAUCCACAGAGGAUGAUUGGAAAUUGGACUUGUAUUCUAAAAUGAAGACCAGGUUUACUGUGUCGGAUGAAGUUCAAACUUUUGUUGAUGCUAUUGAUAUACAGCCUCGUCUUGUCUUUUGUGCUAACAUAAGUGCUGACAACAAGCUCGGCGUUAAUGCAACAAUGUUUCAUAAUGGAACUGUUGUUGUCAAGCCAAUGAUCGGUUUGAACAAUCCCAACAUAAAAAACGUUCUAUUCAAUGCUACAUACAAUCAAUAUAUACAAGUGGGAAAUUAUUCUAGAAAACUUGGAAUUUCAAAAACGAACUCGACAUCACUGGUGGAGCCACUGUGUUUGUAUGAUAUGGGAUUUUGUAUGCAUGCCAAUGUGUCUUAUGCAAAUGUCACAGGCAUCAGUCAAGCUCCUUAUUUCUUAUUUGCUGGACCAAUGAACUUUUCUGUAUCACUGGAACGUAUUUACCGUGGAGAAGAGCAACCUACAAUUGUUGUGUAUAACAUCACAGAUCUCUCCCACAUAUUUUCUGGCUCUGGAAAUGUCUCUAUGGUUGUCAAACCAGUUGGUACUAAUCAGGGUACAAACAUGUAUGUGGCAUGGUAUAAUUCAGAGGACAGUAGGAUGAAGAUAGUUGAAUUAAGAGCAGUCAAUCCUACACGUGAAAUGUAUGGCCGUUUCUCUAACGAUCUCAACAAAUGGUUUGAUGUCGAAGGCAAUCUGACAAUGACCACGCCCACUCUUAAUGCUACAUUGCACGGGAGAGUGAACUAUACUAACAGUAAUAUAACUUUGUCAUUUGUACGCCAUGGACCAUCAGCUGAAACUCUUUUGAAAGUUCCUGAUAAAUUUGUACUCCAAGCAACUCGGUCACUGAUAAAGUACAGAUAUAGUCACGCACAACUAAUGUGGUAUGUUAAUGGAGGUGACAAACCACAAUGGCUACGUCUCGAGCUGACUCCAGCGGGUGUUGCUGCCAAUGUCAAAGUACAGUCUAGUCUGUCUCGUCCGUUUGCGUUCCCAUUUUUUAUUCCUCCAAUAAGCACAAUACCGACAUGCCACGUGUUUGGCAAUAGUAAAACAACUCUGAUAACGUUUGAUAGCAUGAGACAUGAGUUUAUGGCUCGUCAUGAAUGUGAGUAUGUGUUGGCUCGUCAGCGCACCGUCAAUGAUACAUUUGCAGUUACCUACGUUGGCAAUCAAGUCAAAGUUUACCUUAAUGGAACAAGAUAUACCUUAGAUUCAUCAGGGCUCAUGAUUGACCACACAAGAGUUUCUUUACCGUUUGAAGAUUACGAGGUUGUCAACGUUCGACAUGUAACAACUAAUGGACAUACGUACACACGUUUUACAGCUUGGGCUGGUGUGAACAUUUUCUACACUUCUGGUGGUGUUCAGCUUAGUGUCAAUCCAUUCUAUCGAAAUCAGACAACAGGUUGGUGUGGCAAUGCAAACUACGAUCGUUCACAUGUUGAUGAAAUGAUAAUGCCCAAUGGUGAAUCCACAAUGUCAGCGGAGAACUUCAUUGAAAGCUGGAAAGUAGAUACAAUGUGCAUGUUGCCCAAAUAUGAGAUGCCGGCUGUCAGAGAGCCAUCAAAAUCAGAUCUGAUGGCAUGCAAGAAUAUGUUGUUGACUGUUCUUAAAGCUGGUCAUAUUCACACUGAUGUGUAUCAUUUCUACAAUACAUGUGUGCAUGAUGCUACACUGGGCAUUAAUCCCAAAGUAAGCAUCCGUGCUUACCUGCUGGCUACUCAUGCCAAAGAGAUUGACGUUGAAAGUUGUGAGUAUGGGGCAUGGAGCAACUGGACUGGCUGUCAUGAUGGAGAAGAGGAACGAACACGAGAACUGAAACGGAAUUUGCUGGCAGUUCCGUGCACUCGAACUAAAGAAACUCGUCCUUGUUUGGAGGCUCCUGCUUGUCGUGAUGCUACCAAGCAGAUUGUUUACAUAACACAAGGAGAGAAGAAGAUAUGCAGGAGUGUUCAUCCUACUUUAUAUUGUCCCGGAACGUGUUCAUCAGUUGAAGAGGAGGGAAUUCAUGAAUUUACAUGCAUUAAAAUUGGUGAACCAGGUAGCAAGUUUGACAAUGCAAGUCCAGUAUUUUUGCCUUACACUGCUGUUGUGGAAUGUCACGAAGAAGAGUGACUGUGAGAACAUGGUUACUGUCUUGCUUUGUUUGUGUGUCUUGUCAAUCAAAGUUUUACAGACUGUAAUGCUCUGAUGUAUCUUUAUGGUGUGAGUUAAGAAUUGAACUCGUGAUGCAAUGAA